UAUCAAGAAAUAUCUCGCCGAAUUUUCUUGUGAGAGACCGUGCUCCCAGUUUUCCGCAAUUUUUCUCUGAUUUUCCUGCCUCGCGAACACAUUCUUCAAUUGAAAAAUGUAAUCCAUCGAUCGAAUAAGCUACUACGCGAUAUGGUUGGCUGAUUGAUUACUGACAUUUUGAUCCUAAUUUUGGUGCAAGGGGGGGGAAGAAUCUGAAUCGACGAAUUUGUUAUGGAGCAAAAGAAGAGGGAGUACCACGCUAAUGGUGGUAGUGGUUGUAUGAAUGGCGAUGAAAGAGUACUUCUGUGGGAGGAGGGACUGCCUGAUGCUGAUAGAUUAACUCCUCUUUCUCAAUCGCUGAUUCCGCAGGAACUCGCUUCGGCGUUCAGGAUUUUGAUGGAACCGCGUCGGAGUAAAUCGGAUGUUUAUUCGGCGUCGAAGACGACGAUAUUGAAUAUUCGCGAUGGACAAUUGGAAGGUUAUAGAAGUUUUGAGUUUAAUGACGGUAGGACGCGAGGUGAAGACGCUUUGAUGGUUGAAUCGGACGAGGCGGUUGAUCCAGAUGAGUUGGGAUCUGAUUCGCGAAAUUUGAGGAAGGUUGAUUUUGUUGGAGAGGCGAAUUUGGUGCCUCGAGCGGAGAAUUUGAUCGAGGAUGCGACGUUGGCUCGAACCUUGAAGCGGCCGAGGCUCGCUUGGACUCCGCAAUUACACAAGCGAUUCGUUGAUGUGGUUUCUCAUUUAGGGCUCAAAGACGCUGCUCCCAAAGCUAUUAUGCGAUUGAUGAAUGUCGAUGGAUUAACUCGCGAGAACGUUGCCAGUCAUUUACAGAAGUAUCGUCUUUACUUGAAGAGGACACAGAUAUCCUCAACGACCGACGAGGCUCUCGUUCCAAUGCCGGUGCCGCAGAACUCACAUGAUUCUUCUCCCAGCGCAGAUUCACAUGGAAACACAUAUUUACCGGCAACUUUCCCGAUGAUUUAUAUGCCGUCUCCGAUGAUGCCUAUGAUGCUUUAUGGUAUGGGAGCUCAUCAUGGUCACGGUCUUAACGAUACCGGCAUGCCAAUGACGAACAUGUGCGCAGUGCCGACCCGCUCGUGUAGCACGCAAGAGCAGCAUGAUUAAUGGAAAUGACAUCUAACAAGUAGGAUAUAACUGCGCCUUGCUUCCAAUGUGUUCCUAAUCCGAAAUUCAAAUGAUAAAUGAAGUUGGGGACAAUUUCAUCUUCUUGAAUGGAGCAUUCUUACGCUUUCUCCUCUCUGUGUGCUCGACAGGAUUCAAAGUGGAGUGAUUUGAAUCUUGAAUGGAAAACUUGAAUCAAUUUGAUUAUUUGGGUUAUGUGUAAUGAACUACAACCCCUACACUCUGCUUAAUUAUAUUGAAAUUAGUGGGUUAUUUACUCUACUGUAAA